ACGAAGCAGAAAAAAAAAGGAAAUUAGGGUUUCAAAUCGAUGAAGAAGAAAACCCUAAAAAGAAGCAAUACUAAAACUACUACUACUACCACUAGUAGUAUUAGUAAAAGAGGGAGGAAGAGCAAUCAAAUGAAGAGUACACCAAUUACUGUGAAGCUAGGUAAACUUUCAUUCGUACCUUCUAACCAUCCCUCUUCUUCUGGACUCCGGAUCCCUCAACGCCAAGAAAUUGAUAACAUCAGUCGGUCUUCUUCGUCGAGUCAUCCUGUUGAUGUCGUAGAUCUCGAUAAUGCUGUUGUUGCUGAUGAUAAGGAUUGCAUCCUCAGUCAAGAUUUCUUCUGUACUCCGGACUAUAUUACUCCUGAUGGGCAACAAAUCAGUAACUAUUUUUUGGAUGGUGACAAGGAGAAUAUCCCGUGUCCUAGAUCGCCCGAAAAGUCCAACACGUAUACAUUGAGAAGCAAAAGACAACGGCAAGAUGGAUUCUCGAUCGGUUCUCUCAGUCCCAUUUUCCCCUGCCAACAAGAAGUAAUGAAGUUUGCAUUGGAUACAUCUGGAUCAGAUAGUUUAGCAGAAAAACCAUCUGUAAUUGGAUUGCAGGACGAUUGCAAUAAUGUUUCACGAUCUGCGAUAGAACAUUUAUCAGAAUCUUUAGGUGUGGAUGAACCUAGAAAAGAAGAACCAUUUGUUAUUGGAACUGAAAAGAAGAAAAGCUAUGUUUCACAAACAGCGGUAGCUCUCCGUUGUCGGGUUAUGCCUCCUCCUUGCUUAAGGAACCCAUAUAUAAAGGAUACAGCAGAAAUGGAUCUUGAUCCAUUUGGCAACCGAAGAUCAAAGUCUGCAGGUGUUUGCUUCACAGUUGCCAAUGGAGACGGCAUUUCUCGCUACAUCACAGAUUUCCAUGAAAUUGGGCAAAUUGGCCAUGGGAACUUCAGCCGCGUCUUCAAAGUCUUGAAGAGGAUUGAUGGUUGUAUGUAUGCUGUGAAACAUAGCAUAAGGCAGUUGCAUCAGGACACGGAGAGGAGACAAGCGUUGAUGGAGGUCCAAGCUCUAGCUGCGUUGGGGUAUCACAAAAAUGUUGUGGGGUACUACACGUCUUGGUUUGAAAAUGAGCAACUCUUCAUUCAAAUGGAGCUAUGCGAUGGCAGUCUAUCAAUCAAGAGAUCCUCUCAGUCAUUUACAGAAGAUGAAGCAUUGGGUGUUAUGCAUCAGAUUGCCUUGGCGUUGAUGUUCAUACAUGAGCGAGGGAUUGCCCACUUAGAUGUGAAACCUGAUAAUAUUUAUGUUAAGAAUGGUGUUUAUAAGCUUGGCGAUUUUGGUUGUGCGACUCUCCUGGAUAAAAGCUUACCCAUAGAAGAAGGAGAUGCUCGCUACAUGCCUCGGGAAAUUCUCAAUGACAAUUAUGAUUAUCUCGACAAAGUAGAUAUCUUCUCUCUUGGAGCCGCUAUUCUUGAGCUGGUCAAAGGAUCACCUUUGCCUGAUUCUGGGCCACAGCUGAUGAACCUUAGAGAAGGAAAAAUCCCUCUCCUUCCUGGACAUUCUAUUCAGUUUCAGAACUUGGUCAAGGUGAUGGUGGAUCCUGAACCUGUUCGACGACCUUCUGCCAGGGACUUGGUUAAAAACCCAAUCUUUGACAGAGUCUGUAAAUCUUCAAGAACCACGUAAUUCUGCCAUCAUCUGUAAUUCCACAAGGGGCCGAAGCUACUGCAGUACUGGUAGCUGUGUACCCACACAGAACACCAAGUCCUGAUUUUGGAGUGCACAAUUUUUACCCAAGCUGCACCAGUAGCCAGAGAUACUGAACAAAUUGGUGGCCAGUAUUGUCAUUUACAUCUUUUUCUUUCAUUUUGCAACUACGAGUUGUCUAUAGGUAUAACAUUCACCAUUUCCCCACCCAGAUAUGGUGCAUCUGUUCCGAAGCUAUUUAGUAAGGGGAAAGAACAUGACAAGCAGACUUGUAUAGUACUGUAAUGUUUGCUAUGUUAAGCCCUUCAGUAACAGUUUUCUUGUAACAUUUUAAUGCGAAUCAUUUGUCGGCAUUUUGGUGUUUCCUUCUGUUUCGAUUAAGAAUGUGUCUUAGAAGGGACGAAACAAGCUAGCUUGUCCCCAAGCUUUAACCGUGUGAGCUCAGGCAGCGGGUUGUCUGACAAGUCAUGUGCCACCAAGACUGAUCCAACCGGAGCCUGAUACUCAGAAGUGUAAUGCAAGA